CAAAGUUUUAUCACAAUGCCUGGUUCUCGUCAAAUCAAUGACAGUGAUGUGAAGCCAAUCAUUUUUCGAGAAUACAUUGGCGUGAAGCCAUAUCCAAACACUUUACAUGAUUUUCCGGUUGAUAUCAUCAACUCCAAUAUCGACCAAUUCCACUUCAUUUUAGGCUUUGCCAUAGAGACUUAUGAUGAUAAUGGAAAUAGCACAGGUUUUUUCCACCCUUAUUGGAACGUUCAUUUCUUUAGUCCAGAGAAAGUGAAGAAACUCAAGCAAAAUUAUGACAAUGUGAAGGUGGUAAUAAGCAUCGGUGGUCGUGAUGAUAAACAUCCAUUCCAUCCUGCUUCAAAAGUAGAUUGGGCUGACAAUGCUGUAAACUCACUCAAAAAGAUCAUCCAACAAUACAACAAAGUCAAGGAUCCUUGGAGCUUUAACAUAAUAGAUGGCAUUGAUAUCAACUAUGAGUACAUCAAAUCCGAUGGUGAAGAUUUCGCUUAUUGUGUGGGCGAUGUUAUAAAGAGACUCAAGGAGGAUAUUGAUGUAUCUAUCGAUAUGGUUUCCAUUGCUCCAUCUAAACAAGUCAAUUCCAAGUACCAUACACUAUAUUUGGCUCACGCUGAUGAUAUCGAUUGGGUGGACUAUCAGUUCUACUUUGAGACUCUCAAAUCAAAGGAUGAGUUUAAAAACCUCUUUCUUAGUCUAUCAGACGUCUACGGUUCUAAAAUUGAAUCGUAA